AUGACUCGUCUAUCACUGGCACUAUGCCUUCUACCAUUAGUAGCAGCAAUGGCCGUUGACCGCCGUCAAGCUUCUCCAAGCUUGGACACUUUAAUCAAGAAUGAUGGGAAGCACUUUUGGGGUCAAUGUGCUGAUCAAGGUCGUCUGACUGAGAAUUCGCAAAAUCCGGCCAUCUACAAGGCCGAUUUUGGUCAGGUUACGCCGGAGAAUAGUAUGAAAUGGGAUGCUACUGAGCCUAGUCAGGGUAAUUUCGACUUUUCAGGGGCUGAUUGGCUUGUGAAUUGGGCAAAGCAAAAUGGGAAGCAGAUUCGAGGCCAUAAUCUAGUGUGGCAUUCCCAACUACCGAACUGGGUCUGCAAUAUCAAGGACAAAACUGCCCUUACAAAUGCUAUGAAGAACCACAUCACUACAGUUGUGAGUCGGUACAAAGGCCAGUUCUAUGCCUGGGAUGUUGUCAAUGAGCCUUUCAAUGAGGAUGGCAGUCUACGCCAAUCUUGCUUCUAUAACGUGAUCGGUCCGGAUUAUAUUAACAUCGCAUUUGAGACCGCCCGUGCUGCAGAUCCCAAUGUCAAACUUUACGUGAAUGACUACAAUCUCGACUCCGCUUCAUACUCCAAGACCAUCGGAGUUGCAAAUCAAGUCAAAAAGUGGCUCGCUGCUGGUGUUCCCAUUGACGGUAUUGGUUCUGAAUCACAUCUCGGUGCAGGCCAAGCAUCUGGAGAAGUGGCUAUCACCGAACUUGAUAUCGCCGGCGCUUCUCCUAGUGACUACGUUGCUGUCGCCCAAGCAUGCCUAAAUGUAUCCAAAUGCGCCGGUAUCACCUCGUGGGGAGCAUCCGACAAGGACUCAUGGCGCUCCAGCGACAAACCCGAUCUCUUUGAUAGCAACUACAAUCCCAAACCUGCCUAUUCCUCUGUGGCAAGUUUCCUAAGCAGUCAUCAUGCAACCGCCGCUGCUGGUGCAGCAGCUACGGGUGUCUAG